AUGUGGACUUCAAGGUCCACAGAGGCAUAUUUGACUGUGUCCUGUCAUUUCAUUGACAACUGGCAAAUGCAGGAGUUUGUUUUAGAAACCUGUAGUUUCUAUGGACAGCAUAGAGCUGACAACAUUAGUUUAGAGCUAAAAAGAAUAACAGAUGAAUGGGGCAUAACUCAGAAGGUGGUAGCAGUUGUUACAGACAAUGGUGCAAAUAUGGUUUCUGCAGUGCACAAGGCUGGGUGGAAGCACUACCCCUGUUUCGCCCACACCUUAAACAUGGUGGGAAAAGAUGGAAUUAAAGCUGUUCCUGAAGUUGUUCAGCUCCUGGAGAAAUGCAGCAGCAUUGUAUCUUUAUUCCACCACAGCAUGAAAGCCACAGAGAAGCUCAAACAAAUACAAAAGCAACUGAAGGUGGCAGAGCAUAAACUGAUUCAGUCAGUAGAAACAAGGUGGAAUUCUGUAUUCUACAUGUUGGAGAGACUCCAUAAGCAGAGGGAAGCAGUUACCACAGCCCUCUGUCUACUUGGAAAGAACACCCUAUGUUUAAGCAAUGAAGAGCUAUCCAUGAUCCACCUUACCAUUGAGGCCCUGAGACCCUUCGAAGAGGCAACGCGGGAAGUUUCAGCCGAAAAACAUGUUUCUGUCUCAAAAGAGAUUCCCCUUGUGUCACUACUUCUCAGAGCAGCUGCAGCCACUGAGCGUCAAGGUACUGAUGCACUCAUUGAAAUGCACCAUUACUUAGAGGAAAAGUUAAUUCCCCGGGACCAGGACCCAUUACAUUGGUGGCAAGAGCAUGAACAAACAUUCCCAUCCCUCAGCAGACUUGCAGCAAAAUACCUGGGAUUCAUUGCUUCAUCCGUACCCUCAGAAAGAAUUUUAUCAAAGGCAGGAGAGGUAUCUGAUUAG